AUGAGUAUUAAAAUCCAACUUUAUUUGUUGAUUGUAUAUAACAUAAUUACAGGGGUGUACCCUGACGAACUGGAAUGCGAUUUUACAAGCUUAGCAGGAAAUUUUGAAAACGCACAUAUAUCGUUCUGCGUACGAAAGUUAAAAACGACCGAAGGUAUAAAGAUAAAGUGCCCUAAAUAUGUGGAAGGGGAAGUUGACCAAGAGCUGGCGAGUAACGAUUUCUCAAAACUUAGAAACGAGCCCCUGGCCUUCGAGUAUCAAGAUUUGAUAAAUGAUCUGUUUCGAAAAGGAAUAAACUACAAUGUAGAAAGAAAAGAAGAGAAAGAAAGGCCGGAGGAUAAAAAAUAUGGAAUAUACCCAGAAAACGCAACGGAAGAAGUGACAGUGUUGAUAAACGAUGAACUGAGAGGAAAGACAGAAAUGAAAAAAAUGAGUAUCUGGAACGUGUUCGGAACAAAAGAAAAAAAUAUAAUGAGUAAAGUGAAUCAGAGAAAUAUGGAAAUAGUGGAACUGAAAACGCCAGAAACUGCAAUAGUUACAGUAAAGGAAAAAAAUCCAAUAGUAUACCUGUGUAUAAGAAAAAAGUAUUUGAAAAAGGUGGAUGAAAACUUUAAAGAUCUAAUUAUGCUUUAUAAAAGUAAACACUCUUUUGAGGAAUAUGAAAAAAUAUACCUGCCGUUGCUGGAUGAAGGAAACGUGGAUAUAAGAGUGGGAGUGGCACUUAUCAUGCUGGAUGAAAUGCAAAAGGUAGAGUACGGAUGCGGAAACGUGGAAACGAAGUUCUUUAAAAACACACAAAAGUAUGAAAUAAAGUCAGGAAUAAAGUACUGUAAAGUGGACGUAAUGGAAAAGCCGAACCUGGGAUUCUACUGCGAAGGAAGAAUAGUGCCGUACGACUGCAUGGCAAGACUUAAUAAGAUGGACGCGCUGGGAACGCCAGUGAUGGAAGAAGACAUGUUCCCAGUGUUUAACCAGAAGGCAAACUCAAUACAGAUAGAAGGGAAGAUCUUCUCAUACGUAAGCUAUGACAGGAAACUCAUGGGAUCGGAGUUUGAAGGAUACUGCGAGUGCAUAGACGAAAGAAAUCGACUUAAGGCAGUGAUGGUGCUGGAGAGGAAGAAGGACCACGUGUGCGACAUAGCAUCGAUGCUGAUGAAAAAUAACCUGCAGCCGAUAGGAGGAGACUGGUGUAACGUGACGCUGCACCCAGGAGACACGCUGAAGAUAUUAGUGCCGCCAAACGAAGAUAACGUAGACCUGCAAAUAGAAGAAAGCAUAGCGAAGAUGAAACAAAGGCAAUGUAGACUGGAAAGAAAAAAGAGAUUAGGAUCAAGUUUGACAAGGUCAAAAGAAGACAAGAGUGAGAAAAAAGGAGAAGGAAGCGGAAGUGUAAGGGAUAUUGCUAGUGGAAGUGGAAUAAGAAAUCAAAGUGGAAGUGGAAGCGAUAUUGCUAGUGGAAGUGGAAUAAGAAAUCAAAGUGGAAGUGGAAGCGAUAUUGCUAGUGGAAGUGGAAUAAGAAGGCCUAGGCUUGGUGAAAUAGGUGAGUUGGAAAAUGAAAUGGAUAGUGACGGAGAUUACUGGUCGAGUGACGACAGUGAAACGAGUUACAGCAUGACGUCAGAUGAGCUGUACAUAUGUAGCAGAACAGCAUAUAACAUGAUGAUGAGUCAGCUGGAUACAGUGGUGGAAAAGUCGAAGAAGUACCUGAGAAGUCCAAGAUAUACACUGGUGUCAAUGUUCUCGCCAAAAAAUCCGACCAGUUACGUAAACACAAUGAGAUAUAACAGUAGGCCGAUGAGUCAAAUGAGAAUAGACGAUAUGCUAGGAGGAUUGGGAUACCAAGUGGAUGAAAGUCAAAAGGGAAAAGGAAUAAUCAAAAUCAAAUAUAAAAAAAAACCACUCUCGACAAAAACAGGAAAAACAACAGUAAAUUAUUACUGGGUGUCAAAAAGUAGAUCAGAAAAAGAAGUAGAAGUUUUAGCAAAAAUAAAAGUAAACCUGGCAGAAGUAGAUGAGUACGCAUACGGAUGUGAAACGGAAUAUACAGGACUUUUUUAUCCGAAUUUGGAUUCAACGUACUGUAAAUACGUCUUUAACGAAUGUAAAACAAGGAAAGUUAAACACUGCGCAUACGAUGUAGCAGGAACACAAGAAUAUGGAAUCAGCUGUAACGAAGAAGAAAGCCUGUACCCGGAAAAUUGUGGACCAUAUAUGAUUAAUUCGGAAACUAAUAAAGUGGAAAGAGUAGUAGGAGUCAUGAAAUAUAAGGAACAUUCUAACCUGAACAAGUAUAAAGUGUUUUCAGGGAUUAUGGGAGAAGGAAGACUGUACGACUACAGAUGCAGCUGCAUAGAUAAGAGAGGAGUGGAAAAUACGAGGCUGACGUUGUACAGUAGCAAUUACCCAGCAUAUGAGUUCAAAUCGUACUUUAAGCACAAAGGAUACAUACUGUUUAUAUCGAAGGUGACGAUGUUCUACCCGAAGAGAGAGAAGGUGAAUAACUGGAAAGAAGGAAAGGUUGAAACAAAUGAGGAAAUUGAAUCGGUUGAAGUAGUUGAACCAUUAAUAUACAGAAUGAGCCUAGGAGAGGGAGUGGACGAGUUGAUGAACACACUGCCGGAGAUAGAGUACAUACCGUUGCCGAAGUACACGCCGACAGAUAGAUUGAUGCUGGACCCAGGAACGUACCUGAAGAUAGCAAGUAGUCCUCCGAAGACCUUGGAGGAGACGACGGAAAUCAACCCGGAGUUCGAUGAGGUAAUGUCAGUGUUCCCAUACUACAGAUAUAAAGGAGUGAGGCAUAACACACCAAUAGGAAUGUUCACAGUGUACUCAGACCCGUAUAUAUCGCACGCGAGACUGUUCCCAGUAAACCUGACGAAAUACUUUUAUAAGUUGGAAAGAGGGAAGAGUGAUAGACUGGUGCCAGUAAAGUAUAGCGAUGUGAUAGCAACAAACGUAGCAGGAAUGUUGGUUAAAACGAAACACUGCCUGGGAUACCACGUGAUGGACUACGGAAAAUUAAUAUUGAGUAUGCCGAAAGGAGCAAUAGUUAUAAUAAAGGAGGAAAACAAAGAGUCACUGGAAAUGAUAUUCGCAUCAGGAGCAAUAUCAAUAAUUAAAGCAACAAAUCCAUGGGUAAAAGGAUGCGGAGUCACAGACGAAGGAGAAGACUUCUUUAAGCCAGAAACAGAAAAAAUAAAAAAAAAUGGAAAGGAAAUAGGAUGUAGAAUAGAUAUAAAUAAGGAAAGAAUGGGAGGAUUCUACUGCCCAGAACCAUAUAAAGUAGACCCGCCGGAAUGCUUUCAAAAAGGAUACGAAAGGAAUAAGGAAGGAGAAGAAGUGGUGGAGCUCAACGAAAUGUUCGAAAGCAGAGAGUGGAGAAACACAGCGUUCAGAUACAUCACGAUACCGACGCAGUUUAAAAAGAGAAUAAGAAUGAUAUUCAAAAAUAAAAAAACGUACAUAUGCUACUGUAGAACAAUAAAGGGAAAAGAAAUGGCAAGAAUAGAAAUAAGAAUAUAG